AUGUUGGAAAGUACCCCACUCAUGCCUCGUGCCAAUGCUAAGUCUAUGACACAAACCAUUGUCUCUGGAACAAUGUUGACUUUGAAGUCUUCUCCCGUCAACUACCUUCUCUUUUUUGUGCCAUUGGGCUUAUUGGCGGGGCUUCUUGGUUGGGGCGCCAAUGCUGUGUUCUGGAUAAAUUUCUUUGCCAUUGUUCCUUUGGCGCUGAUUCUUGCGUUUGCUACCGAGGAGUUGGCUGAACACACGGGCCAAACUGUGGGCGGAUUGUUGAAUGCUACUUUCGGAAAUGCUGUGGAGCUCAUUGUGUCGGUGAUUGCUUUGAAGGAGAAACAGAUUAGAAUUGUUCAGGCCUCCAUGCUUGGUUCGAUUCUUUCUAACUUACUUUUGGUGUUGGGAUGCUGUUUUAUUGCUGGUGGAAUUACUCGUGUUCAACAGACGUUCAACCAGACCGUAGCUCAGACAAUGUCGUCUCUCAUGGCUUUGGCUACCGCUGGUCUCUUGAUUCCAGCUGCUUUCCAUGCAUCCAUGCCUAAAUCUGACAAGAACAUUGAUUUCCCAGAUCCUAACUUGGAUUCAGACUUCAAGAUUUUGAGCUUUUCCAGAGGCGUGGCUAUUGUUCUUCUUUCUCUCUACAUUCUCUACUUGAUUUUCCAGCUUAAGACUCACAAGGCUCUCUUUGAGGAGCAGUCUCACGAGGAUGAUGGCAUUAUCACCACAUCUUUGCCCGUAGAUGGCCAGCAAAAGCCCGAGACAGAAACCCUCUCCGUAUGGGGCGCUUUGGUUGUUCUAAUCUCAGCCACAGUUUUGGUGUCUUUCUGUGCUGAUUAUUUGGUGGGUGCCAUCGACGACAUUGUCGAGCUGUCUGGGUUGUCUAAAACAUUCAUUGGUUUGAUCGUCAUUCCAAUUGUGGGCAAUGCUGCAGAGCAUGCAACGGCUAUCAUUGUGGCAAUGAAGGACAAGAUGGACUUAGCCAUUGGUGUCGCUGUUGGAUCCUCUCUUCAAAUUGCUCUUUUUGUUACGCCGUUCAUGGUUAUCAUUGGAUGGAUCAUUGAUGUCCCUAUGUCGUUAUACUUCUCUACAUUUGAAACUGCCAUCAUGCUUGUUUCUGUCUUCAUCACCAAUUUGGUCAUUCUUGAUGGUGAGUCUAAUUGGUUGGAAGGUGCUAUGCUUCUCAGCACAUAUUUGAUUGUGGCUUUGGCAUUCUUCUACUAUCCUGACACUCUUGCAAACUAA